AUGUCGACACCAAGAGAGGGCGUAAACCCCCUCAGACCAUACUACAAGCCUCCUACCAUCGGCGAAGCUCCCGAUCCGACAUCUGCUGCUUCGGCUCCCAACCCGUUCGCCCGCCAUGCUGCCAAUGCGACCAGCGAGAAGUACGCCUCCAAGGCACGCGACAUAUUUUCCGACAUAGAUUACAAGGACUACAUCAGCGAACCGUCUCCCUCUGUCGUUCAGACCGUCAAAGACCUCGUUGAUGAGCUUUUAUGGAAGUACACGUCCGUUCUUAUGGCACAGCCCUUCGAGGUGGCCAAGACGGUUUUGCAGGUUCGCAGCCAUGAUGAUCUGACCUUGAGCCCCGCGGUGCCGACGCCUAUCACCACACCGGUGCCAGAGAGGAGGCAGCCCGCCUAUGGGAGCCCGAUGUACGACGAGGCCGAGUCCGACUCUGAUCUGGACGAGCCUGCAUACUUCACCCAAAAUCUUCCGGCCACACCGUCCCCUUCGCACUCCAGAGACCGCCGAAACCGCCAGCCUUCCCCUCCCCGAACACCGGCUGCCAAGGAAGCGAUCCCUCCGCACCAGCUUACCAUACGCCGAGCCGAUUCGUUGAUGGAAGCCAUCGGGCAGCUCUGGCAAAAGGAGGGUGCAUGGGGCGUGUGGAAGGGUUCCAACGCAACGUUCCUCUACUCCAUUCUCUCUUCGCUGCUGGAGAACUGGUCACGAAGCGCCCUCAGUGCCUUGUUUAAUGUUCCAGACCUCGGUGUCAAGGAGGAUAUUGAUCGUCUGAUUGACAUCGCGUCACCCUAUCCUUGGGCCUCGUUGUGCGUAGCCGCCGCUGCCGCCGUUGCAACUGGCCUCAUUCUUGCACCGUUGGACCUGGUCCGCACAAGACUCAUAGUCACCCCGACUUCAAAGCAGCCUCGACGAACACUGUCCACACUCCGAGCUCUCCCCUCCUACGUCUGCCCUCCGCUUCUCGUCAUUCCCACGGUCCUCCACUCGCUGAUUCACCCGCUCCUCACCCUCUCUACACCGCUGGUCCUCCGCACGCGAUUCCUGAUCGACAGCCGUGUUUCCCCAACGACCUUUUCUGUCGCCAAGUUCUGCGCCUCAUCCGUCGCCUUAUUCGUCAAGCUUCCUCUUGAAACUGUCCUCCGACGUGGCCAGGUCGCUGUCCUGUCCACCGCAUCCCAUGUCCGCGCCCUCGCCGGAAACGACCAUAAGUUGGAGACGAUCGUCCCCCCUGGACGCUACAACGGUGUCUUGGGCACCAUGCUCUACAUCAUGAACGAAGAAGGCACCCGAGCGAUUCCUGCCCCGCCCGCUACGGUUAGAAAGGGCAAGGCCAAGCCCAAGGUCGCAGAAACAGUCUUCCGAAAGGGCCAAGGACUCGAUGGCCUCUGGCGUGGAUACAAGGUCAGCUGGUGGGGUUUGGUUGGUCUCUGGACCGCGGGAAUUAUUGGAAACAGCACCGAGGGUGAGUUCUAA